AUGGAUUUAAAAGGAUCUCUUGUUGACACAAAUGUCAGAAUUUACCCCUCGCAAAAGCUGAAAGACUUUAUUAAAACUAUACCAAUUAAUAGAACUACACCAUAUAAUAUAGCAAAACUAGCUAAAGACCAAGAUUUCAUUCCAAAAAAUAAAACAGAAUCUGUUUUAAAGCCUAAAGAAUAUGAAUUCAACAAGAAAGAUAUAGAGAAUAUUAACAAAAUUAAAAAUAAAGUAAAUCUUGGUGAGACUGCUAGAAGUAACACAGAAGUUGAACAUAGCAGUAGUGGAAAUGAAAAUUCCAAUAUAGAAACAACAGAAAAAGGAAUUGAAAAAGCCAAUUUGACUCUUAAUAAAAAAGAUGGUCAUACGAAAGAUGUACAUGACAAUCAUAAAAAGAGUGAUAAUUGUGACACAGAUACAGAGGAAUUUGAUGCCCGUAGAGAUGAGAAAUACUUAGUAACCAAUGAUAUAGAUUGGAUUUACAAAUACCUUAAAGAGAAACGAAAUGAAGAUAAAGAUGUCCCUUUCUUACAUGUUUUACUUGAAGGUGUCGAUGUUGUAAUGCCAGACAAUGAAUUGAUUAAAAGAAACCCAAUACUUGAGGAAAGAUGCGUUAAGCUGAGAGCUCAACAAGAAGCAAGGGAGUAUAGAAAGAUGACAAAAAGUGUAGAUAAUGUGAGAAUUAGAUUCCCUGAAGACAGCAUAUCCUAUCAAUUGAAACAGCUAAACCGCCAACUCAUUGUAAUUGGUCAGUUCAUAUUGUCCAUUUUUGCUGGAUUUCUCUUCGGAUUCAAAGGUGUGGACUGGAUGAUCGGCAAUUUGGAUUUUGGAUUUCGUUUACUUCUUGGUGUUAUGUGCGCAUUGAUAAUUGCUCUUGCAGAGAUUUACUUUAUCGCAAAGAAAUUGAAUGAAGAACUUAGCGUACCGGAAACAGUCCAGUUAGGAGGACCUACAAAGUUUGCCGAAGAACCGACGUGUCAUGGACGAAAGAUUACGUCUUUAGAGAAAGAACACAUGGAUUAAUUAAAAAAAUAUAUUUAUAUUAUUGUACAAUUUGUUGAUUAAUUUAUUAUGUACUUAUUUUAGCUGCUAGCUAAUUACAUCUUGUUUUAAUAAUGUUUUUUUAGAAUAACUUGUAGGACAUAAUUAGGAUAGAAAGCAUGAAUACAUGUGCUUGAAUAGGCACACCUAUCUUAUCUUACAUAAACUGUUAAGUUACAUUUGUAUGUGUAUAUGGCUCGUAUGAGAAAAUUUAAAUAAAUCAUUG